AAAACAAAAUGAACGAAGCAAUACUGAAAUUGGUGUUAAUGUUUGUAAUGUUUUCGCUCACAGUUAUCGUUGGAUUAUCGCCAUUAAAAGUACUUCACAAAUUACGGCAUGAAGCAGCGACAGCUCAGAGCUCAUCAAAACACAAACACGUUUCCCUUGUUCUCUGCCUUUUGACAUGCUUUUCUGGAGGAGUCUUUCUUGCCACGUGUUUCCUUCAUCUUUUCCCAGAACUUCGUGAAAAUCUUGAAACCCUCGAUACAGUUCAUAAUUUUCGUAUCGAUUAUCCAGUCGGAGAACUUUUAUCUUGUCUCGGAUUCUUUCUUAUCUUCUUUCUCGAAGAAGUCGUUAUUAUGAUAAUUCCAUCAUUUGCUCAUGGACAUGGACAUGGUCACGGACAUGAUCAUCAUCAUCAUGAAACUACACCUCCAUUGGCUUCAAAAAGUGUCGAAGCUUCUGGCGCUGGAGGAUGUUGUAUGGCUGAUACUGUUGAUGAAAUUAAGAAAAAAGAAGACGACCUUGUUGUUGAUGAAACGACUGCACUGACGAAAACAACAAAACGAGCGAUAUCGGAGGAAAAAGAAGGAGAUGGACAUUGUCAAACUCAUUGCCCAUUAACUGUACACGAGAGAAGAGGAUCAAAUGAAUGUACUGCUAAUGCUACACAAUACGGUCGUCGAAUUAGCCGUAAUCAGAAUCGAUUCUCAUCAUACGGUAGCACUUUGAACGGAGAUUUAUUAUUUGGGGAAAAUGAUGAUGAAGAAGGAAGUGAAUGUACAUUCGCCCCAGUUGCAUUUGCCGAGCCAGAACGAUGUGAAACAAAUUGUGAAGCAAUUGAUGAGGAUCCUCCAAUUCUCAUGAAAUCUCGCCCACAUGCUCAUUCUCAUGGAGUACGAUCAAUUACAUUUGUAUUGGCACUGGGAAUUCAUUCAAUUAUUGAAGGUCUCGCAUUUGGAGUUCAAUCAGGAAAUGAUACGAUUAUUGCUUUAUUCCUAUCAUUAAUGGUUCACAAAUUGAUUGUCGCAUUUUCUGUUGGCCUUCAAUUGUUCAGAACUCAUGCACAUCAGAUUAAAUGGGUGAUCAUCUCAAUCUUCACACUUGCUUCAAUGACUCCACUUGGUGCACUGAUUGGCCUUGCAGUCACAUCAGCAGCUGAUAAUGCCCUCUGGAAAGAUUUGACGAUCACGAUUCUGCAAGGUCUUGCAGUCGGAACAUUCAUCUAUGUCACUUUCUUCGAGGUUCUUCUUCACGAAAGAGACAACGAGCAUCCAAAUCUUUUAAAACUUUUAGUGAUGUUUAUUGGAUUUGCAUUGAUUGGAGCAUUACGUGGAUUCGAAUCGAGUCAUGGUCAUUCUCAUAGUGGCUCGACAGAACCACAUUUCCAUGGAAAUUCAUCUUUUGAUGACUAUGGACAUUAACUAUUCCAAAAUAAUAUUGUUUUUUGAUAAGUUAAUCUCAUCUCAUAAUCAAUUUUCAUUUCAUGCGUAUCACAAAAUUACUCUAACAAAUCCGUAACUGUAUGUAUUAAUUUUGUGAGACGCUCGAUUUCUGUAGCAUACUAUCACUUUUCUUCAUUUUCGACAUAUUCACCAUUCGAAUCCAGUUGUUGAAAAUAUUAUUGAAUAGUAGAAAAUGUAUUCGCAUUUGCCGGUAAUCAAUAAUGUAUUUCAAAUUUUGUUGUUUUAAUCUUUGCCCAUUUUCAGUUUUUUCAACCAUUCAUUUCAUUUCCUAUAGUUGCGGGUAGUGGCUUUCGAUUGAAUUGUUUUCCUCUUCCCAAUUUUUCUUCAAAAUGUUAAAAUUAUUCCUCUUCUCUAUUCCUCAUAAUGUUGUGCUUUGUUUUUAUUUUUAUUCUCAUAUGCCCCCUCUGGUUUUUCCGCACAAAAAAUGCUUUAAUUUGUCUAUAAAAAAUAAUGCUGAGAAUCAGUGAAUUCUUAACUUUUCGGAAUAAAAUCAAUGCUUCUUGAAAAU